GACACCUUGGGGACUCGUCACCCCCAGGCACGGUGACGAAAUCCUGCGCCAGCUGCGCUCCCUGGGGGCCUCGCUGGACUGGAGCCGCUGCGCCUUCACCAUGGACCCCGGCUUCUCCAGGGCGGUGACGGAGGCGUUUGUGCGGCUGCACCGCGCUGGCUUGGUGCGACGCGAUCGGCGUUUGGUCAACUGGUCGUGCGCCCUGCGCUCUGCCGUGGCUGAUGUGGAGGUGGAACCACGACCCCUGACUGGCCCCACGGAGCUGCGUGUCCCUGGCUGUCCCCACGCCGUCACCUUCGGUGUCCUCGUCACCUUCGCUUACCCCGUGGAGGGGGAUGAUGGCCUGGAGCUCCCGGUGGCCACCACACGUCCCGAGACGAUGCUGGGGGACGUGGCUGUGGCCGUGCACCCUAUGGACCCCCGAUACCAGCACCUUCAUGGCCGCCAUCUUCGUCACCCGUUCACUGGGCAGCUGCUGCCUGUUGUCACCGACCCCACGGUGGAGCCCACAAGGGGCACCGGGGCAGUGAAGGUGACACCAGGACACAGUCACCCUGACCUGGCCCUGGCGCGUGCCCACGGGCUGCCUCUGCUCUCCGUCAUCGCCGAUGAUGGCACCAUGUGUCCCCCCGGGGGGGGGUGGCUCCAGGGCGUCCACCGCUUCGUGGCGAGGGACAAAGUGGUGACAGCUCUGUCCCAGCGCGGGCUGUACCGGGGCACCCAGGACCACGCCAUGACACUGCCCAUGUGCAGCCGCUCGGGGGACGUCAUUGAGUACCUCCUCAAGGACCAGUGGUUCCUGCGGUGUCAGGAGAUGGCGCAGCGUGCCCGUGAGGCGGUGGCAUCGGGGCGCCUUCAGCUCGUCCCCAAGUUUCAUGAGAAGAACUGGAAGACGUGGAUGGACAACGUGGGGUGAGGGGGGGAGGAGCCCGUGGGAUUGUGGGAUGCUGGAGGACCAGGCCGGGUGGGAGGACCCCAAUGCAUUGUGGGAUGAUGGAGGACCUGG